AACAAUUUAGGGGCCUUGAAAGGAAAGCACGGGCUGCUCCUGUGCGAGUUGGGAGAAUGUGCUCACCGCAAAGCUCGAACAUGGAUGAUGUGAAUUGUCUGCUACAUCCGGUGCAUCAAGCCUGCGCAGGUGUGCUGCAAGACACUCAGGAGUUCAAAUUCUUACGCUGGGAAGACUAGACAGUACCGGAGGGCUAGUAGAUGCCAACAGAGUGAGCUUGUCAGCAGAGAACAUUCAACGGUUUCCGCUACUAGCUGUUGCUGAGUCAAAUAAAGGUCAAACGAAUUGAGAGCCGUACAAUAUUUCCUUCCAACUCUCUCUUAUGACAUUAUUACCUACAGACUGCUGCUGCAAAGAAAAAAACGACUGUCUGACGAAAGGGGCGUUACCUCGCCUCAAUAAGCGUGCGCUAUCUCUCCUCGAGAGUACUUAGCAAACGGAGACAGUGAUAGUGUUGUUGUGUUAGCUAGUCACCUAUAAACAUAUCUCAGGUGCGAAGUUGCAGAAUUGCCUUUGCGUUUUCAUGGAGGAGUUCGUGUCCGGUGAAUGAUGGUGGUGUCCAAUGGACGGGUUCGCAGACAAGGAUUACGUUUACCGUCCUAGCAUAACCGUUUCAAGCCUUUGGAAGUCCCGCGUCUGGAAUCACAGUCUUUACUAUCCUUCUUACUGUGGGCUUUAACAAAGCUCAGUCUUACUUCGUUUACUUGUUGCACGGCUGUCCGAUGAUUGAUGGUGUCCGAUAACAGCGGCGUCGCUCUACUGUACAGAUGUGUGAACUGUAGCUGUUCGUAUUAGUUAAACAGGCAUAGCCAGACUCUUUCCCGGUGCUAGUCUAACUGACCAGUACUGACGGUUGUUUGGUUCAGCUCCAUAUUCUUGUGUACAGUUACAGUAUAGUACAGUACACGCGGCGGUAGGGUCUGGCAUUGCGAGUACUAAGCAAUUCUUGAGUUCCCGGAUUGAUUAGUUAAAUAAACUUCCUGGAAUUGCAACAUUUUUUAAAUUUCCAUCGGUAGGUAAAUUGGUACUUUAUUACCAUAUCUAAUAGAUCUAUUAUAGACUAACCUCCCUACGUAUGAGAACCAUCAACUUGAGCCAUCCUGUUCAGCUGUUAAAUAUCAACCUGUUCUCCUGCCGAGCACAUUCCUAUAGCAUUGCAUACAUUAGCACAAUGGACGAGUCGAAAGCCUGGUAAAUGGCAGAUCUCGACGAACAACAGCAACCGGACUCAGAAACGCAGACGUCGAUGCACGACGAAGGCGGCGGAGAGGAUGACGACGAGAAGCCCGUCCAGCAUCGCGACCCUCUCGCCGUCGAGGAGCGAAUGAGAGUCGACCGACGCAAGCUAGAGCGCAUGCUACAAGCUGGUGACGAAUGCAGCGAGACUGCGGAGGCUUUCUUCGAACGAGUCAUGCGGCAGACCGAGACGACCAUUAACUGGCCGUCUAAACUCAAAAUUGGAGCAAAAUCUAAGAAAGAUCCACACAUCAAGGUCACUGGUAGGAGUGAAAAUGUUCGGCAAGCAAAGGAAAUGGUGACAGCAGUGCUGGACACCAAGAGUAAUAGAGUUACUCUGAAGAUGGAUGUGUCUCAUCUGGAGCAUUCCCAUGUUAUUGGCAAGGGUGGUGUAAAUAUCAAACGAGUUAUGGAGGAAACGUCUUGCCAUAUUCAUUUUCCGGACUCGAACAGAAGCAAACAGUUUGACAAAAGCAACCAGGUUUCUAUUGCUGGUCAGCCUCAAGGAGUUGAAGCUGCAAGAAGGCGUAUUAGGGAGCUUCUUCCUUUGACAUUAACAUGUGAGCUACCGAUCACUAGUCGUGGAAUGCCAGAUUCUAAUGAUGCUGCUGUCAAAUUGAUCGCUGACACAUACCAAGUCAACAUCACUUUUCGACCAAGACCAAGGAUGUAUACGUUUGUGGUCAUCGUGCGUGGAUAUGUAAGCAGCUCUUCUUCUGUCAAGGAAGCGACUGCCCAUGUUAUUGAACAAUUGUUUGGGGAGCCAGCUCACUCAGUAAUGAUAACUAUCCAGAUGGAUAUUGCACCUCAGCAUCAUUUAUUUAUGAUUGGACGGAAUGGACUGAAUAUCAAACACAUUAUGUCCCGUACCGGAGCAAACAUUCAGUUUCCCGAUGUGGAGAGUGCACAGCGUAACAAAAGUACGGUGUUUAUCACUGGUAACAUUGACUCUGUUUGCCUCGCAAGAGAGCAGCUUAUUGGUUGUCUACCGUUGGUGCUCAUGUUCGACCUGAAGGACGAGACUGGAGCCGUGAUGAAUGACAUAGCUGGACUAUCCCAGCUUAUGGAGACGUUAGAUGUUUUUAUCAGUAUUAAACCAAAGCCGAAACAAUUGAGCAAGUCGGUGAUUGUGAAAACGGUUGAGAGGAAUUCUCAUAAUAUGUAUUAUGCUCGUGUCUACUUACUGGAGAGAGAUCCGUCGAGUAAGGCUGAUAGCGACAGCCCCGUCGGAACGGCUCAUUUCUCGUACCCUGUGGAGCAUCUCGAAAAGACAUUACCGGUAUUUGCGCCAACAAGUUUUCUUUCCAGUGCCAGAGAUAUACAACUGCAAAGUCUGAGAAGUGAAGAAAGCAAUUUGUCUGAGGCUGUCAGACAAGGGAGACGGAUUCCUUCUGGUCUUGCUCAUAUCAAUCAAGGAAUGAUGGACUUGUCAUUGAGCACAGGGUCAACCUCUACACUUAGUUUGUCAUCAUCUGGCUUUGAUUUAUCUGACUCCUCACUCUCGCUGUCAUCAUCGGGUCAUUCUUUGUCUGCUGAUAGCCCAAGAAAACCACUAAGAACACAAGGGUCUCCUUACCAUGGGCAAUGGCCACCUACACAUCUACCCAACAUGGACCUUUUGCGACGAAGAGCUUUACUUCGAGAUGUGCAGGAAUCGUCUAUUGCAAUGGUGCCUGGAGAUACUGAUUUGGGGGACAGUGGUUUGGGUCAAGAGCGCUUGACUUCAUCCAACUCGUGUGGUUCUACUACACGUCUUAACUCAAAUCACAACAGUCCUGUUCGUCUCCCAUUGACAAGUGCAAGUCCUUUGUGUGAUGACGGCUUGGGAUUUGUUCGUGAAAGGAAUGACUGUUUCUCAAACGUUGUGGGUUCACGAAACAGUGUGUCACCUGAUGGCAGCCACCACUCUUUUUCCGAUUCUCCCAUUUUAUCUCAUAUGUAUGAGCGAGCCUCGCCAGCACAUCAGAAGAGCCCGGGAAUGGCAGCGUAUCCUGACAAACACAUGACUCUGGCUCGUUGUGAUGCCAUUGGGACCGAGCAACAAGGAGAUUACGAAGGUGUUGACUAUGAACGAAAAAGAAAGAUGGCAAGUGAAGCAAUGAAAAAGCCAGUUAUAACACAAGAAGUUCGGAUUCCUACCGACAUAUGGAGUGGAAUGGGAUUCUCUCGAUCCAUGCCAGAAUCCGCCAUUCGUGAACAGCUUCGUCGUCUUGGGAAAACAAUGAAGGAACCUAGUAUGGCAACCGCAUUUGAGGCACAAGAAGCACUUGAUUUCCUCGAACAACAAGGACAAUAUGAUCCGCUUGGAGUGAAUCAUGCUCGACGUAAUUUGACUCGAGAAUUCGACUUUGGUCCUGUAGGAACGCCCGCUUCUGAUGGACAUGGGAGGAAAGCUUCGCUACGCAUUGACGAUGACUUGGCUGAAUUAUUAUGCAGGAUAGGGUUAUCCAAAUAUGCCACUUUGUUUCAAGACCAAGAGGUAGAUCUAAAUACAUUUCUAACUCUUGGAGACAGAGAUCUCAAGGAACUGGGAGUGUCAACAUUUGGUGCCCGAAAAAAGAUGCUGUUAGCCAUCGCAGAUAUUCAAGGACAGCCACUUGGUUCACAAUUCCAAGAUACAUCACGAAGAGUAGAAGACGCUCACCAUGCUGGUUGGAGGAAAUAUCCUUACAGCCAUGCAAUUGGUUCGCGGCGAGAUAUGAUGAGUAUGAGUGGUCGCUGGUAACCACCAUUUAUUGACCAAUUUUACUGAAUCGGUUCAGUUUUAUGUCCCUUUUUUUAUCAGACUGUAAAAUUGUAUCUGUUGGUGAAUGACUUUCCUUGAUUUCGAUAGUCUUUGACACAGCUAUGUAGGAGGUUCUCAGAGCUGUACAUUUUUGUAUCUUGUAGUAGCUUUUGUAUCAUUCAGAUGUUAUCAUGAGUUGUUGUGAGUACAUUGUUUUCACGUGAACUGGAA